AUCAAUUUUUAAUUAAAUAUUUGUUGCUUGUGUAAUACUCGUACGUGGUGAGUUCGCAGGUUUAGAAGCUUUUAAAAACAACGCAAACAACAAGUGUGUUGAAAGCAUUAACGACCUAACUUAUUUAGUGCUGUACUGUUAAUUUAUUGCCUUUUUAUCGUUAAUUGUUUGAUGGUGGUAAAAAAAGUAAAAGCCAAACUGCAAAGCUGGGACCUUUUCGAAAUACAAACAAAGCACUGCUUCUCGUUUAGUUGUGGUUGUCGUGGUAGUCUGUUGGUUGGUAAUCGCGAAAUAAGCAGCGUAUAUAUGAGUGUCGUGUGUCGUUGGGUAUUCGUUAGUAUUUUUAAUAUAAUUUUGUAUGUUACAAGUGCAACUGUUCGAAACUUAAAAAAUCAAAAUGUUUAGAUAAUUUUAAACAUAAAAAAUAUUAAUGAAUAUUAAUGAAGAAGCCCAUUCUCAAUCGUAUUAAAGCUAAUUAUUAAGACUUAGAUGCUACGUAUUGAGAUGGCAUAAGUGCAGAACCACUUACAUGUUAUAAUUUUAUCAAUAAACGCACUUAUUUGUGUCACAUCAAGAUGGCAGAGUCCGGAAUAGAUAUGGACUUUGAUUAUGACAUUGAGUACAAUGAUUUGAUGACAGAGGAUAAUUUUAAUUUUUUGUCUCCAGUGUUAGCUGGGCUUAAUACGGAUAAUGUUGAGUUCUAUGAGUUGAAGUCAACUCCAAGCCAAAUUAAUUCAAAUGAGAUACCAACUUUUAAAACGAUAACUCCUACUUCCCGAACACAACUUAAAUUGCAAUUACAGCGAGAACAACAGCAACAGGAGUUGGAACGUCGUGAUACUGAAAAAAAGGCUGCCGCUGCUGCUGUUGCUUUACAACAGCAUAUGCGCCAGCCACAUUCAAAUGAAAGUCACCUAAUUCCUGAGAAUGUGUUAUCGCAACAAUGCCUAAAUCGAAAUAGUAUCGAAAACUUUUGUAAUACAAGUUCUAAUCCUAAUGCUAACCAAACUAACACCAACAAUGGGAACACAUGCAAUCAUAACCACAGUAAUUCCAAUAGCGGCAACAUUAACGAUGUAGUGCACAUGAUGCAAAAUAGUCCCUGUAUUGGAGUUGAUGUUCCACCACAAGUUUUUCAUGUUUCAACAGUUUUGGAAAAUCCUACCCGUUAUCAUGUUAUUCAAAAGCAAAAGAAUCAAGUGCGCCAGUACUUAAGUGAAUCUUUUAAACAAAAUAAGUGGGAUAGAAUUAUUUUUGAGAACAACGAAGCAGCAUCAUCUCCCAUCGCUAGCCAAAGUAAUUCAACUUUUAAUAAUACUAAUAACAAUAACAGCAAUGGUUUUAGUGAAGAAUCUGGUGUUUCGGCAAAAAAACAGGGACAGUUUUUUUUGUCAUGUAGUGGCGAUAAAAGCUCUCUUCAAAGCUAUAGACCAGAUAAUAUAUUUAUUAAAAAUAACUCAUUUGGUGGAGGCAGCGGUACGAUGGGGCAGAGUGGAAAUCUUAGUGCGACAACUACGAUAUCUGCAAGUACUCGAUCUGCCACAGGUUUAAUAAUGCGAAAUAGUCCAAUACUUUCUGCUCCAAUGUCACCAAGUAUUAGUUCAGUUGCAACAAGUAAUUCUGAGGCUGAUGAUUUAUUCGAAGAUAUCUUGCAAAUAGACUCAAAUAAUUUAAAUGAUUCACUAAGAUUUGAUCAGAACUUUUCAAGCGAUUUGUCAAUAAAACAAGAGCCUCAAUCUCUCAGUGAAGCGGAAAUGCAUGCUUUGGCCAAGGAUCGCCAAAAGAAGGAUAAUCACAAUAUGAUUGAAAGACGUCGUCGUUUUAAUAUUAAUGAUCGCAUAAAAGAACUAGGUACUCUCUUGCCAAAAACAAAUGAUCCGUAUUAUGAGGUAGUGCGAGAUAUUCGUCCUAAUAAGGGCACAAUUCUUAAAUCCUCUGUGGAAUUUAUAAAAAUUUUAAAGCAUGAGGUAUCGCGACUUAAACAAAGCGAAUACCGACAGAGGCAAAUGGAGGUACAGAACCGACGUCUGUUAAAUAGAAUUAAGGAAUUAGAGAUGCAAGCAAAAUCACAUGGAAUAGCACUAACUGAUUUUAACUUAUCGUCUGCUUCAGCUCCCACACCAAUAACAUCUUAUCUUAAUAAUGCUACUUCGUCUACACCAGCACAUAAUAAUAGAUCGACUCCAUUAAUAGCUGAUAUUAUCGAUAAGCUGCCAGUUAUCGGAAGUGAGACAAAUAUUAGUAUUAAUCAAAUGGAUGAGCUUAUGGAAGAAAACAAAAACCCAGUUCAGGGCAACGAUCCAAUGUUGUCGUUACAACAUGGUACUAAUUUAUUAUCUGCGUCACAUUCACCAACAUCACAUACGUGUAAUGUUACAUUGCCUACUAAACAAUGCCUACAUAAUCACAAUGUGCCAAAUUCUUCCAAUGGUUUGUAUCAAGAAAAUUCUUCAACUACGUCAUCUGAUACUUCAGCUUACUUAAAGGGCAGUGAAUGUUGUAACAAAUGUAAUAUUCUCAAAAGCACACAGAUACAACACAACGAUCAUCAUCACUGCCAACAACAAUGCAUGCAAAAUUGCUUUCAUAUUAUAGAAAACUGCAAUAGCAACAAAAUGCAGCCAACAUCACCAACAACUUUACAGCAUGGACGUGACCCCUUAUUGUCUGCCUCUUCGCAUUUGGACACAUUAGAAAAAAAUCAACUACAUCACCCCAACGUAGUGGAUCUUGAUGCUACAAUUCUUAAUGAUUCUUUGUCCUUGGUGACCGCUUCUCACGGUGAAUCAAUAUUUUCAGAUUCAUUAGAUAUUGACAUACCAUGAUAAUAGCAGUCAAUUUUACUAUUACUUACUCAAUUUAGUCAGGACUAUGUUAUGCAGACAAUCAUAUGACGAAUGGUGCUCAUCUCGUCAUGUUGCAUAGAUAAAUUAGAAUUAUCGAUUUCGUACUAUUAGUAUUAUUUUGAUUUGUGUAUAUUGGUUGCGCCUAAAUUUAAAAUUAAAUUUUUUAAAGAAAAAAUAUACAUACUUGCUCCUAAGAGGCGUAAAUUCUGACAUUUAUUACUGCACAUUAAGCCUCGUCACUGUGACCAAAGUUUAAUUGAAAUUGGUCUCUUGCUCUUAUACUCAAAUUACUCUUCAUAUUUCACAUUUCAAAUUUGUCGUGAUCAUGACUGUCUGCAUAACAUGGUCCCUAAGACUUACACAACAAGUCCCUAAGACUUGUUUACAUAUGGAUUUUCAAAGUAGAUCAAAUUGUUUGUUAAAAGUGUUCGAUCCUAAUAAUAUCAGAGGUAACUAAAUCAUAUAUCUUAACUAGUA